AAAGCAGUGAUAGCAGCGCUGCUGUGAAUGAUUUGGAUUUUCAGAAGUUUCAGUUUCCAUUGUAAAAUCCUAUUUCAUUUUAGAUUAUUAUCCAUUACAGUGUUUGGCUCAGUCACGUGAUGCAGAUCUGGAACAUUGCUCUCAGCCUGGAUUCAGGUUUCAUGACGGUUCUCUCUUAAAGGCCCAGUAUAUAAUCAAUGACCACAUGUUGAAUCCAUCCAAAACACUUUGAAUGUUGUUGCACAGACUUCUCUGGGAUUUGUAUUCACAUCUUAUACAUUUGUGUGUUUUUCUAGUCCUCAAUAAAGGCUUCGUCAUGUCAUGGGAAGCUUAGGAUGUCACUUCAGGGUUCAUUGGCUUCGUUUUUGCUGUUGAAUGGAAAAGCUUUCAGGAUGGAAGUACACUUUCCACCUUCAGACCACAAUUACAGAACAUCCUUUUCUCUUUUAGCGCUGCCCACAACAUCCUGACCGUGGUUAAACAUUAGGCGUUAGGAUGUAUAUAUGCCUGUGGGAGCAGUAGGGGAGCAUUUACCGUGGCAUUCGCAGGCGUCACAGGCGUUCUUGGAAUCAAUCCUAGUGCAGGUUCAGUCCAAUGGACGCCACCAACAGGUUUGUGAAGUACAGAGUGGAGAGGGAAGUUCUGGAUGAGCAGAGCCUGGAGGAGUUCACGCAGAGAAAGACCUAUUCGGACCGUCAUCGUUCUUUAAAGGAACAACUUAAAGAUUCCUUAAGAUGUUCUGGGGCCAAACUGAAAAGGGCCGUGAUCAGCAGCUUCCCCGUACUGUACUGGCUGCCCAAGUACUCAGUGUGGGAUUAUGGGAUGCCUGACCUGGUUGCCGGCAUCAGCGUGGGCAUUAUGCACCUGCCGCAAAGUAUGGCCUAUGCAUUGCUGGCUUCUUUACCUCCUGUAUUUGGACUCUACACCUCUUUUUAUCCGCCACUCAUCUACUUCUUCUUCGGAACAUCACGUCACAUCUCUAUUGGUACCUUCACGGUGCUCAGCAUCAUGAUAGGCGGCGUGACAGAGAGACUUGCCCCGGAUACGGGCUUCCUCAUCGGCAACGGGACCAACGGCAGCGCGGAGGUGGACGUGGCCGCUCGGGACUCGUACAGGACGCAGGUGGCGGCCGCCACCACCGUCCUCGCGGGGCUCAUCCAGGUGGUGCUGGGUCUGGUGAAGUUCGGCUUCGUGGGAACCUACUUGUCUGAACCGCUGGUGCGCGCCUACACCACGGCCGCCGCAGCGCACGCCGUGGUGGCGCAGCUGAAGAACCUGCUCGGCGUGGCACCCACGCGCGCCGGGGGCCCGCUGGCCCUGGUCCACACUCUGAAGGACGUCUGCUCUUUGCUGCCACACACCCACAUCCCCACGCUGGUGGUCAGCGCCGUGUCCAUGGCGCUGUUAAUUGCGGCCAAGGAGCUCAACUCCUUCCUGGGUCCGAAGCUGCCGGUGCCGAUCCCGGUGGAGCUGAUCACGAUUGUGACUGGAACACUGAUUUCUAACUAUGUCGGCUUGAGCAGCAACUACUCUGUGUCGGUUGUUGGACAAAUUCCCAGUGGGUUAAGUCCACCCAGAUUACCGGACGUGAGCCUUUUUGGAGAAGUCGUGGGGGAUGCCUUUGCUCUAGCUAUUGUUGGAUAUGCCAUUAGUAUUUCACUGGGAAAAACAUUUGCAUUGAAACAUGGAUACAAGGUGGAUAGCAACCAGGAGCUGGUGGCGCUGGGCCUCAGCAACGCAGGGGGAGGCUUCUUUCAGUGCUUCGCCGUCUGCCCGUCCAUGUCUCGGAGUCUCAUCCAGGAGACGGCGGGAGCGAAAACACAGAUGUCUGGAGUCGUCUCAUCCCUCAUUGUGCUUGUGACUAUACUGAAACUUGGACCGCUGUUCCAGGAGCUGCCAAAGGCCGUCCUCGGAGCGAUUGUAUUCGUAAAUCUGAAGGGGAUGUUCAAGCAGUACUUUGACGUCGUCACCCUGUGGAGGACCAGUAGGACCGACCUGGCCGUGUGGUUGGUCACGUGGGGGUCAACACUGCUCCUCAACCUGGAUCUGGGUUUGGCUGCAGCAGUCACCUUCGCUGUGCUCAGUGUCAUCGUCAGGACUCAAAUGCCAACAUACUCUGUUCUGGGACAUAUUCCUGGUACAGAACUGUAUAUGGAUUUGGAAACACACAAAGAGGCGAGGGAGAUUCCUGGUGUUACUAUAUUUCGCUCCUCUGCUACAGUGUAUUUUGCCAAUGCAGAGCUUUACCUUGAAGCCCUGAAGGAAAAGAGUGGGCUCGACAUCAGUAAGAUGAUCAUCUAUAAACGCAGGCAGGAGGCCAAGCAGAAGCGGAGAGAAAGGAGGGCUGAGAGGCGGGCGAGGAGGCGCGCCAAGAGAGAGAGGCGAGCACAGAGGGCGGCUCAGCAGCUGCCGGCCUUCUCUGUGGAGCAAGAGGCCGGCGGCUGGAGGGACACGUGUGUGGACGAGAAGGACGAGGACGGGGAGGAGCAGCGCUGGACGGAGAGGGGCAACGGGACGGUGUUCGUUGUUCCCGCCGCGCCGCAAACACCCCACGGACACUGCCGAUGGGAGUACCUGAAAGGAGGGGACCCCGACGGCACGAGCCUGGGCGGGAUGUCCCAGGACGGGGACGCCACGACCGUGGACUCCAGCAGCGAGGACACGCUGAGUCGCGACCUGGAGCGGGUUUCUCUGGGUUCUCUGGGCAAGUGGACCUGGGACAUACACUCCAUCAUUCUGGACCUCUCCACGGCUAACUUCAUUGACACAGUGGCCAUAAAGACUUUGAAAAAUAUCUUCCAGGACUUCGGGGAGAUCGAUGUGGACAUCUACGUGGCUGGCUGUCAGGCCUCCGUGGUGGCGCAGCUGGAGCUCGGAGGCUUCUUCUCACAGACAAUAACCAAGAGGCGCCUGUUUGCCUCGGUGCACGACGCCGUGCUGCACUGCGUGGACCACCGCGGAGCCCCGCUGUUCCCCGGAUGCACGCCGUCAAACACAAAACUCUAAUGACUGCAGCAACGGGACGUCCGGCAUGAAGAAAGGAUCCCAACACCUCCAUCACAAGCUGAGAGCUUGUGCUUUUAAAUGAACAGUUGCUACUUUUCCCCCCUUUCUUUCAUUAUAUAUUCAU